AUGGCACGAGCUAUGGGAGCCAAGGUGAUUGGCAUGGACAGGGUACAAAUUCAUCCUACCGCAUUUGUGGAUCCAGCUGAUCCAGGAGCAGGCACAAAAUUCCUAGCCGCGGAAGCACUGAGAGGAAAGGGAGCGAUCUUGAUCACUCCCGAAGGAGUACGAUUUGCUAACGAGCUUGGUCGACGUGAUUAUUUGACUGGAAGAAUUCUGCAGGAUAGUAAACCUAUUGUGAAGUUCCAUGUGGGUAGUUUUUCCAGGAUACCAAAUGGCUCCGCGGGCAUGACAUCAGCGAUUAUGCUAAUGAAUGAUGAGGCAGAUGCAUUUGGCAAGACCGUAUUCCCUGUAGCAUUUGAAUUAGAGAAACCAAUCUAUGCAGCCAUCAUCACACCAGCAAUUCACUAUACUAUGGGUGGACUGAAAAUCGAUAAGCAGGCACGUGUGAUUAAUGAGUAUACUACAGCACCAUUCAAAGGACUUCUUGCGGCAGGAGAAGUUACUGGUGCGUUGGAUAUGCUUUAUUCAAUUUACUAA